AGAGCGCAGUUGUGUCGCGGGUCUAGCUACGAAACGAUCAAUAGCCAAGGGAGCGGAGCCACACCGAGACCAUCGCCAAACGCGGUUUAGAUAUCUAAUUCCACCCUGACACUUUAUUAAAUGUUUACGCGUCAAGUUUGGAGUAUAAUAUCAUAGCUUCACAACGAUUCAGUCCUUUUCCUCAUCCCCCCGUAGAAUGCAGUCACCCUUUCUUACCUCGGUGAUCAUCACCUUGAUGAUCCUUGCUGAGGGUCCUUCGGGAAGAACUGAACGUAUCUCCUACAACACGGUCAAGUCCUGGGCUCAUAAGCUGGGAUUCGAGCUGUCACUGCUCGGUAAGUACGUGACGCGAGUCCAAGAGCUUGAAGAGAGCUACAGACAAGCGGAAGUGAAGCCCAGGGAUGGAGCCGCUCUGGUCCAGGAGAUAGCGAAAGACAUUGGGUUCUUGAUGGAAUCGAAAAUAUCUGCAGUCAAGCGAAUCAUGGACGUGGCUGAGAGUUUGGCGGAGAACGCGAGCAAUGAUGUGAAACCUCCAGUCAUGUACCACAACGCGAAGGACAACAACUUGACGAUGACUUAUAGUGCGCAUUUUGGACGCCGCGUAAAUCUCAACUAUUCCAACUUUCACAUACCAACGAACGUCUAUAACCAGUCGUACAACGUCGUAACGGCAAUCACAUGGGCCCAGAAGCUAAAUACAACGUUCAUGAAUAACUAUGACCUCGAUCCCUCCUUGUCAUGGCAAUAUUUCGGAAGCGCGACGGGGUUCAUGAUGCAAUAUCCGGCUAUCAGUUGGAACAUGGAACCGGUGGACCUCUUUGACUGCCGUACGCGGAACUGGUACAUCGAGGCUGCGGCAAGUCCCAAGGAUAUUCUUAUCCUCGUGGACAACUCCGGUAGCAUGACCGGGAUCCGUAAAGAAAUUGCGAGGCACGUUGUAAACAGUAUCCUCGACACCCUGGGAAACAACGACUUCGUGAAUGUAAUUAAAUUCUCUAACGAAACCCACGAGGUAGUAGCAUGCUUCAACAACACCUUAGUCCAGGCGAAUUUAGCCAAUAUACGGGAGCUCAAGACCGCGAUGGAAUGCGUGGACACCGAUAAGAUAGCCAAUUUCAGCAUCGUCCUAAGGCAGGCCUUCGAGCUGUUGGAGAACUUCCGGGAGCAACGUAAAGGCACAUUGUGCAACCAGGCCAUAAUGCUCGUCACCGACGGUGUCCCCGAGAAUUACAAAGAAAUAUUCGCAACCUACAACUGGCGUGCCAACUCUGACGACCCUGACAUGGGUGACAUGCCGGUAAGGGUCUUCACUUACUUGAUUGGCCGCGAGGUGCCCGACGUCAGGGAUGUAAGGUGGAUGGCCUGCGCCAACCGGGGCUACUACGUUCAUCUAUCGACGAUGGCUGAGGUCUCUGAAAAGGUUUUGAACUACAUACCGGUCAUGGCGAGGCCUCUGGUCCUACGACGGACGGACCAUCCAGUGAUCUGGACCCCGGUUUAUGCCGACGUAACUGACCCCAUAAUGACGGACUGGUUAUGGGAACAAAGGGAGCGGAGCUACCAACGUGAACUUGUAGAAACGCAUCGCAUCCACAACCCCGAAACGCGGCAACGCCUAAUGAACUUGAGGGAAGAACGCGAGAGAAGAUUUGUCCAGAAACACAAGAGGACCUACGACCAGGACGAUGACCUACAGGAAUACAGACUUAUGACUACUGUCAGUGUUCCAGUUUUCAAUCGGCGACCAAACGCGAACAUCACAGAGCAGGUCCUGGUGAACGGGGCAUACUGGGUGACUAAGACUCGAGAGACUCGGAUCGCUGAGCUUUUAGGAGUGGCUGGAAUCGACGUACCGAUAAAGGAGAUUGAGAAAUUGAUGCUACCGCACAUGCUCGGCGUUAACGGCUACGCUUUUAUCGUUACCAACAACGGCUACAUCCUGAUACAUCCAGACCUUCGACCCAUCUUCAGGAACAUCCUUAAGCCAGCAUAUAACAGCGUGGAUAUGGCCGAAGUCGAGCUGAUCGACGACGGAACAAUUCCCCGAAAUUUUAGCAAAUCCCUGCUUCAGUUUCGUGAUUUGGUGAUAAACCAGUCCAGUGGGAUGACAACGCUGCACACGAAAUACCACUAUGACGACAUGCAACGGGUGGGCAGGAUGAGGAGAGACUAUUUCUACACUGGCAUCAAUAACACACCGUUUACGGUGGUGGUGUCCCUCCCGGUGCACGGUCAUGGUGGUAGCUACCGGGUCCAUGCGAUCGAGGAAAUCCACCGAUAUCAGCAUCAACGAGACAAAGAUGCAACCGAUUACUUCUCCGGUAGCAAUUGGCGGGUGCAUCCCGAUUGGACGUACUGUGGGUACCAUUACGAUGGUGACCACAGCUUCAGCACGCCAGAGGAAGAGCUGCUCCACUUCCUGAGGCGCACCCGCGUGCCGGGGUGGAAGUGGAUGGACAUGAAUAGAGUUGGAUCCCAUCCCCCGGAGCAUUCGCAUUCAGGAUCAUCACGUGUAAACACGAGCAAGGUGGAAAGGACCUCGUACUACUGUGACAGAAAUCUCCUCCUAAGUCUGGUGUUCGAUGCUAUGGUAACUGAGUGGUUCGCCAACGCGAGCACCGUUCGCGAGGAAAAGGGACCCUUAGCUAUGCUGAUGAACCUUCUGUCCAGGAAAGAGUUACAACAGCGAUUCGGCUUCACCCUGGCCUUCGUGGCGACCCACAGUGGCCUUACACGGUGGCAGGACUUCCCCAUUGAGAACGACACACAACCCGAAGACCACUUCGGUAAACUCCAUCCUCGAGCGAUCGACGAAGUCUGGUACAAACGCGCCGUCGAGCAGUACUACGUCCAGCCGGACAGCUUCGUCUUCUCGGUCCCCAUUGACGACGCGGGGGCGGAUAACGAGACCUUUGUCACAGCGAGUCACGCCAUAUUUAUUGGUAUAGGAAAGAUGAAGGCCCCGGCGGCGGUCGUGGGCUUCCAAUUCAAACACUCGAAGCUUCAGAGUCUCUUCCGAAACAUAACCUACAGCUGCGAGGGAUUGGGUAACUGUCAAAGGAGUUGCGAGGACGAAGGGCUACAUUGCUACUUGGUGGACAACAACGGGUACGUCGUCGCUGGUGAAAAUUCAUCUGACGCGGGUAAGUUCUUCGGCCAAAUCAACAAACAUGUCAUGCUGAGUCUCGUCGAAAACGGCAUCUUCGACGAGAUCGAGAUAUACGACUAUCAGGCGGUCUGUUUUCGGGAUGAGAAGAAAAUCUGCAGCCACGGAAACAUUUUGUUGACUCCCUUGAAGACCCUCGAGCGAGCCGCAAAUUGGGUGCUUGGUAGCCUGGCCUGGAUCUGGGUAAAGAGCGGUAUUUGGUCCUCCGCGGAUUAUGCGUAUGCUUACCCUUACCCGAAAGACGAUGACGAUGAGCAGAUAGACGAAGAAACAGAGGAUGAGGAUGAAGAGGAGGACGGGAUAAUGGUUGAGGAGGUAAAGAGCAAACCGGACGUGCCGGACGAGAAAGCAAAUGCAGAGAAAUCACAUGAAACGAGCGGUCAAGAUCGGAAUGACGAGGAGCCGAAUGCCGAAACUAAGGGCGAGAAAGACAAUCAGCCACCACAAAUCAAACGGACGAGGCCCGAAACCUGCGACCAAAGGAUGAAGUUGUACCUGCUGCAAAACGUUUCUGCAGAUAAGUAUGACAUUGAUUGUGUCUCUGUCGGCGAUGUUGAGAGGGACUGCGAGCGGCCCUACGUCGUCCAGCCAGUUGACUCGAGCAACAUGAUUCUCCUCGUGGUGGAUGCGAUAUGCCUAAAAUCGGACGCGGAAAAGCUGACUGUCGCUCCCAAAGAGGUUGAGGAUUACAAGGACAGUUUGGCAUGCUACAAAGCGACCAACAGCCUCCCGAGGCGGAGGCCGGACUCUUGCAUCCGCAACCACACGAAAGAACGAGAGAUCAAGGAUCUCUGCGGGGGUGCUUCACGCGGUAUCGGCAUUACGCUGCUUUCGAUGCUUUUGCCAAUUUUACUCACUGUGCCAUCCUCGUUAUUCGCUUUUUUUUAAAUCCUCGAAUUUACUGUAUCACGAUCAGUGAUCGAGACGGGAUUCAACAGUCGUUACAAUUGAUUUAAAUUCGUUCUUCGAAAUCCCGGAGCUUAUUCGAGCUUCAGCUAACAAAUAUGAGCCAAAAUCUAUAGUGAGUUACAUUGUUGAGAUAUUUAUUGGUAGAUAUAAACAGCGUAUCGUCAGUUUAGUUGACAAGCGCUGUAUGACUUUGGGUUAAUGUGAUUUGGGAAGAAACUAUGUAACAAGUGUAGUCGUAGAUAAAUCGAAACGCAUGUAAUUGAAAUCUGUACUUAUCAAAUUUCUCGUCCAACAUGCUUUCUAUUUUUACUUGUUGUCAGUCUGGUUUCUGGUUUCUUCCAAUUCUUUUCUUAUUGUAGUUGUAUCAUUCCAAAGUGGGGAAUUUUUGAUUUUUCACUCGAAGGAGCAUUUAUGUAUUGUAGCAAGGUAUGAAUAAAAAUUCUUUACGUUGCGAUCUCCGACGAGUAUAUAUAUCUAUAUUCUAUACGUAUGACGGUAAAAGUUUCGCCAAGUUUUUACCAAAUUCACGAAAGCUAACGUAUAGGCGCUUGUACAGUCGUACUGCUGUAGGCGUAUUGAUAAGUUAUAAUAAUAUAUUGAUUUCCUACUCGUAAGUUAAAAAUUAAUAUAGGUAUUCGCCUAGUUCCUACAUGUUUUUUCUAGUGAUUUUAUGUAUCCGUAUACAUAUAUAUUUAUAAGAGUGGAAUUUUCGAAAGUAGAUACAUAACUACAAUCGGAAACUUUAUACUUAUUUAUGUACUGUAUUAUAUUACAUACGUAGCUAAACUUAUUAAAACUGCGUGAAACCGCAACCAGACUUUGUAUACUAUUGUAAGCGAUGUAUUAUAUACUUGUUCAAAUUUUUCAAACGAUAUUACUAAUUGAUUAGGGUAUAAUGAAACAAAUUUGUAUUGUAUUUUAUUUUUCUCUAUUUUAAUCAACCCAACGCGUGUGUGCUUAUUACGUGGGCAUGUGUACAUACGUUAUACAUAAUAUAUUAUAGUACAGGUACCUGUAUUAUAUACGCUGCGUAAAACGAUACGUGCAUAUAUAUAAACAUACAUAUAUGUGUGUGUGUGCGUAUAUAAAUCUAUAAGUACAUACAUAUAUAUACAUACCUUUAUAGCAUAUAUAUACGAUGAAGUGUGCCUUUCUGACGCGCGCGGAUAGGCGAAG